AUGACCGGAUCAACCAGGGAACAAAAGCUGUACUGCUGGGAUUGCUUGCUUUUUGGCGCGGACAGUGGGUCAUGGGCCAAAGAUGGAUAUUCUGAUUUAGGAAGUUUAUCCAAAUCAGCACAUCGCCAUCAGAAUGCUUCAGGUCACCUCAGAGCUACUAUUCGCCUUAAAACAUUUGGGGACACCAGGAUAGAGCUCCAGCUGGAUGAGCAACAACGCCGGGGUGUCAUCAUUCAUAAUGAAAAGGUGAAGAGGAACCGAGGAAUUUUGAAACGCCUCAUAAAUUGUGUGGUGUACUUAGGCAAGCAGGAGUUGCCGUUCCGAGGUCACGAUGAGAGUGUAACUUCAUCAAACAAGGGGAAUUACAUAGAGUUGCUGGAUUUAGUGGCAGAAUAUGACAGCGACCUGCACACACACCUCGCCACAUCAACAGUCUUUGCCGGCACGUCUUCGAGGAUUCAGAAUGACCUGAUCAGCGCUGUCGCUAGUGUAAUGACGGAUAGCAUGAAAGAGGAGCUGAGGAAAGCACCUUUUGUCGCGGUCAUGUUGGAUGAAACAACAGACAUUAGCAACGUGGCACAGAUGUCAUAUGUGCUUCGAUAUGUCACUGAAGAUGGGAUAAAAGAGCGUUUCUUCAAGUACGAAGAUGUGACAGAGGACAAACGAGCAGAGGCCAAAGCUACACGGCUGCUGGAGUUCCUGAGGGAGAGUGGCUGUAUUGACAAAGUUGUCGCGCAGUGCUACGAUGGAGCAGCUGUUAUGGCCUCUGGAUUGAAUGGGGUGCAAGCGAAAGUUAAGGAAACAAUUCCACAGGCCCUUUUCAUUCACUGCUAUGCUCACAUCUUAAAUCUCGUCUUGUCAAAGGGAGCUUCCAAGAUAAGAGAGUGUAAGGUCUUCUUCUCACACCUCUCUGGCUUGGCCACCUUUUUCAGCCGCUCAGCAAAGCGCACCAAGCUACUGGAUGAUAUUUGCCAGCAUAGGCUUCCACGGGCAGCUCCUACUCGCUGGUGCUUUCAUUCUCGCUUGGUGUGCACAGUGGCAGAGAAGACCAGGGAAUUGAGAGAGGUGUUCGAGCACAUCGUAGACCAUCACACAGAGUUUGAUGACGAAACUGUUCAUUGCUCUGAUGGAUACAUCACCCUCCUUACCAGCUUCGAUUUCAGCUUUUGGUUGAAAACCUUCCACGCUAUCUUCUCCUACUCGGAUGUUGUUUUUCAAAUACUUCAGAACAAAGGUUUUGAUAUGCAGUUCUGCCUGGCCAGAGUGGAUCAGCUACAGCGACAAAUUGAACAGGAGAAGGGGAACUUUGACAGCGUCUACGAUGAAACCCAGGCUUUGGUUGGCCCUCCGCGCGGCCGUGGAGCUCAAGGAGACGUUCGCGCACGGUACAGGGAGCUCCACUGCAGCGUAAUUGACAGCCUGCUAACCCAGAUUGCCAACCGCUUCAGUGACCACAAAAAGCUGGAAUUCCUGGCCCUUCUGGACCCGCAACAGUUCGGGCAUUACUGUAACUAUUUCCCAACUGCUGCCUUGAACAGUUUGAUGGAGAGCUAUGGCGGAUAUUUCGACCAGCCUCGACUGCACACGGAACUCGCCGUGAUGUACGGCAUGUCUGACAUUUUGGGGAAAAGCCCAGCCGGCAUUCAUCAGUUUCUCCUAAAAAAAGGACUGAGUGAAAGCAUGAAGCAGGUGUACACCCUCUCAUGCAUCAUCCUGACAAUACCUGUGUCCACUGCCUCUGUGGAGAGGUCAUUCUCUGCGCUGAAGCGCAUAAAAAGCUACUCGAGGUCCACGACUGGGCAAGUCCGACUGUCAGACUUGGCCUUAAUUUCGAUCGAGAAGGAAUUGCUGAUUGCUUUAAAAGCAAAGGAUCAGCUGCAUGACCCCGCCAUCAAGUUCUUCAUACAAAAGGACAGGAGGAUGGACUUUGUGUGUCAGUGA